AUGGAAGCUGGAGGACUUUCGGGAGCUCUCAACGCUUUGAUCUCCUCGGAGGUCUCAAGUGGAGUCCUCAUUGGACUUGCGGUGCUCCUCCUCUUUUUGGUCAUGAGAAGUGAACUCUGGCCCGACUGGAUUGCAAGCUCGUGGGAAUUCACCACCCAGUGCAUGCGACUUCCUGCAGUUCUGGGAGAUAUUCGCGAUCACUUACAGGAGCUGCGUCUGACCCAUGAAAUGAUGGGGGAAAUCAAGAACAUGAUGGACACGCUCCAGAACCUCCUCAAGGACAUUAAUUCGGCUGCAGGAGGACUGAACGAAGAGAUGGAGAAAUUCGUGACGGGCAAUGUCCGUGAACUCAAAGAAUUUGAGGGCAAGAUCAGCGAUGUUCUCAAGCUAAUUCAACCGCUGGAUGGCUUGGUGAGGAAUGGCAACGACCUUGGCACAAGGUGCUUGGGAGAAGUUGCCAAAGCUCAGGUUGCUUUGGAUGAAGCACUCAAGAUCAUCAAGGCGGAGCUCCCCCAGGGUCUGCUUGCCAAGAAGUUUGACUAUCUCAAAGACACCCUGAAGACCAUCCAAGGGGAUGUGAAUGCAUGGUACAAGCAAGAGAAUUCACAACAAGGACAGUAUUCUAAUUCACAGCAAGGACAGUAUUCUAAUUCACAGCAAGGGUACAACCAGUAUUCUAAUUCGCGUGCAAGUGACAGUCGUGGGAGCGAUCAAGGUCAUCAGGAUCAGGGUCGCACUACGACUCAGGAGGAAACACGCUCCAUAUCUUUGGUGGACUCAUUGCCGGGUCCACCGCCAGUUCCGGGCUCUCCCGGCGCCACGCCUGGUCAAGGAGGCGGGGCUGACCUCACCACUUUGGUGAUGGCAGCUGCACAGGUCGCUCACAUGGGAACCCCUUCAUGGCAGUACAUAUUGAAUUUGGUGCUGGUUUUUCUGAUUUGCAUGUUGAUGUUUCGUGGGCUACUCUCCUGGCAACGCAAGUUCUGGGGAUGCCUGUGCCGAAUGCCGAAACUCCUCUUGGAAGUUCAUGAGGAAUUGGUGGCCUUCACACACCUCGCUGACAGCCUUGACGCAAUCAAUGAAGGGCUGAGACAAGUUCGGGAAUUUGUAAUUCAUAUGCACACCGAUGCUAGAGAAGCCCUCCAUGAACCACCACCUGCAGAGCUCUGCACACCACGAGGGGGGGCAGCUCAUUGUAUUCGACUCCUACAGGCAUUGACGACCCUCACCCAGGACCUGGUUCGUUCAGUGGAGCAACUACAUCAACUCCAAGGACGGGUGGAACAUAAAGUCCAUCAAGCCUCUCCGCUUUUGCGUGCCAUGCACCACAUCUUGGUCAAUGAGUUUCCCCCAGGGAAAUUCCGAUGUGACCUUGAUGUGACUGAGGAAGCAAUGAAUUCUUUGCGCGAGGACCUAAAUUCUCAUACUGAGGCCCUCAGACGGUGUGUGGACUCAGAAUUGGGUCUGUUUGGAUACAGAGCUUCUCCUGGUGACUUUUAUAAUUUAGUUUCCAUCCUGCCGCCUGUGGCGCCUUGGGAAGAGGACCCGAUGGAAGAUCGCCCGGAUCUUCAAGUGUUAGCACUUGCAGCCACUCAUGUGCUUCGAGGGAUGUGA